AUGAAGAAAGAUGGCACAGUGAGAAUAUGCGGCGAUUUCAAGGUUACGCUGAACCAAGUCUGUGACGUUGAACAAUAUCCUCUUCCGAAGAUUGAGGACAUGUUUGCGUCGCUUAGUGGAGCGGAGUGCUUUUCGAAAUUGGACUUACGCGACGCAUACCAGCAGAUUCCACUUGAUGAAGACUCACAGAAGGUCGCGGUAAUAAACACCCAUCGAGGCCUGUACAGCUACAAGCGUCUACCCUAUGGCAUCGCUUCUGCGCCAGCGAUCUUCCAGCGUCGGAUGGAAUCCUUGCUGAGAGAAAUUCCUGGAAUGCAAGUCUUUCUCGAUGACAUCCUGAUUGGAGAACGAGAGGCAAACUUCGGAGAAACCCUGCGCAAGGUACUCCAGCGUCUACAGGACAACGGUGUUCGCCUGAGGGAGGACAAAUGUGAGUUUCACCAGCCGGAAAUUUCGUACUUGGGACAUCGCAUUGACAAAGGAGGACUUCAUCCCGAAGAAAAGAAGCUGAGAGCAAUAGUAGAAGCGCCAGCGCCGAAAGACGUGCAAGAAUUGAGAUCUUUCUUGGGACUGCUUACUUACUACCGCAGCUUCAUUCGUAACAUGUCCUCCUUGCUCACACCCUUGUACGACCUACUGAAAAAUGAUUCCGUCUGGAAAUGGGAUACUGCCCAAGAGGUAGCAUUCAAAAAGGCGAAAGAUGUGUUGGUAAAUUCCGGAUUUCUAACACAUUUUGAUCCGUCCCGAGAACUUCAGCUUGAGUGCGACGCAUCACCGUACGGAAUAGCAGCAGUUCUAUCACACCGCAUUGAGGGGCAAGACAGACCAAUUGCGUUCAGGUCGAGAACUCUCACUGCGGCAGAACAGAACUACUCCCACUUGGAGAAGGAGGCAUUGGCACUUGUUUUCGGAGUCACGCGAUUCAGAGACUACCUGUGGGGACGACAGUUCAUUCUCCGGACGGACCACAAACCGUUGGUAGGACUCUUCAAAGAACGCAAGGCUAUAUCAUCCACGGCAGCCAGCAGGAUUCAGCGAUGGGCGUUGACACUGAGCGCCUACAAUUACCAAAUUGAAUAUAAACCUGGACGUCAAAACGGCAAUGCGGAUGUACUAAGCCGCCUUCCCAUAGAAGGAACUGCAACGGAGGAAGAACUCGCAAAUUCAGAAGCAGUAUGUUCUAUCCAAAUCCUGGAGGAGGGGCCACUGUCAGCAAAGCAGCUAGCCGACUUGACAAGUCAAGAUGCUACCUUGUCAGCACUCAGGGAUGCCGCACAGCGGGGAUGGCCACAUAAGCUGCAAGACAAGGCAUUGCAACCGUAUUGGUCUCGAAGAGAUGAGCUCUCGACGGACCACGGUCUGGUUAUGUGGGGAAGGAGGAUAAUCAUCCCAGCAAAAGCACGCCACGCGAUGCUACUGGAACUCCACUCUACACACUCUGGAAUGGCAACAAUGAAAGCAGUAGCAAGAUCACUAUUCUGGUGGCCCGGAAUAGAUGGCGACAUCGAAAGCACGGCACGGCACUGUUUGGAAUGUCAACAGGCACAGCCAAUGCCACCAGCAAAGGAACCUCUGUCCUGGCCAUCGACAACUAUAAGAUGGUCACGCGUGCAUAUUGAUUAUGCCGGGCCAAUCGAUGGAAUGAUGCUACUCAUCGUAGUGGACAGCUUCUCACGUUGGAUUGAAGCAAUUACGGUUAAGAAUGCUUCGUCUGAGCAAACGGUGAAGGAACUUCGCAGUGUAUUCGCACGUUUUGGAAUUCCACACUGCGUAGUGUCAGACAAUGGCACGCCAUUCACAGGAAAACCAUUCCAGGAUUUUGUGAAAGCUAAUGGGAUACGACAUAUUCGUACAGCCCCAUACCACCCGCAAUCAAACGGACUAGCAGAGAGGGCGGUACGCACGGUGAAGGAUGCGUUGAAGAAAAUGAAGACUGGGGAUUUGCGCACAAAUGUGGACCGCUGGUUGCAUUCAUACCGUCGAUCACCAAACACUGUGUCCGGUAAAUCGCCAUCGGAAAUGCUACUUGGGUACAACAUCAGGUCAAGAUUGGACCUCAUCAGCGUCCAAGAACUGCACAAAGAAGCUAUCUCAAAACCUGACCGGGCACGACCAAGCCCAGAAAAAGAAUCAAGUUCGGAAACAGGUGUGCUUCGGCCAGGGACGCACGUGUUCGCUCGAAAUUACGGGCGAGGACAAAAAUGGAUUUCGGGAGUGGUACAGAACCAAAAAGGAUCCCGGAUGGCUGUGGUGAAAACGGCGGUCGGAGACAUGACGCGUCACGCUGACAAACUGCGUCGCGGAUCACCACAGAAGAUGACACCUGGAUGUCUGACGUAG